GACUUGGGUUCCAGGUGAUAUUUAUCUCCUUCCUUACAGAGAGUAAAAGAUGGUUGCUUUUUGUGGCUUUUCCUAAUUGUGAUCAUUGUUGUAUCAAACCAUAAUAACGAGGCCUAAGAGGACGCAUUGUGUCAUGGAUGCCAUACCUGCGUCAGCAGUAGAACCUGGAGGAACAGCUCCAACUCAGACAGAACUCGAUAAUUUCGUGUCAUUCAAGUCCCCUUCUGGUCAAAAGGAAGGAGUGCUUGUUCUCAAGAGCAAAGUGCCUAGAUGGGAAGGACAGAGCUGGUGCCUUUACUUCAAUGGGAGGAGAGACAUUGUUGCUUCCGGAAGAAACUUUCAGCUAGUAGCUGCUCCUGAGAACGGACCUGAGGGACUUGAGAAUGGAGACUUGAUUUUCCAGUUUGCGAAAGUCCGCGAAGAUGACAAGGUUCUUCUUGAGGAGAGCAGUAAUGAUGGAGUAGCAUACCAGCAUCAGCGACCAAACCGGCUGAGAAAACCAAAUCCUAGACAGAGACAUGUUGAUCGAGCACAAGGGUUCACUGGAAACCGAAACACACUCUUCCCAUCUUAUUGUUCAUUUCAUUAAUCUGCUCUUUAUGUCGCUUAACUGGUGAUAUACAGUAGCUGAAGUCUUGAUCCGGUUUUCUGCACAAAAGAUUUAUCAAGUGUUUGAAACCCUCUAAGGGAAAUAGAGUAUGUCAUGCUUCCCAAGUUACCUCAAUAUAGAGGUUCUCAAGUU